GAUGUUACGCCUAAAACUGUAGAAAUAAAGCUGCGUUUUUAGAUUUCUCCGGCGAAGUGUGGACGCCGCCUUAGAAAAUAUGGUAUCGAGAAGACUACAUGUAAGUAGAAAACGCUGAUUAAUGGAGUUGCAAGGUUCAUUAUUCUCAAUUAUCCUGGAGUACUGAAAAAUUUUACUAUUCGAAGCAAAGUGCUCCGGACGACCUUGCUCAGACUCACUAGUUGUUACAACAGUUACGUUCGAGAAAGGAAAAGAAGAGUAAGAUGACAGUAUGUGAAACAUAUACUGCCAUUAGAACUGUUCAUUAGAACGCGCGAACGCUGUUCAGGCAACCGCUUUUCAACAUCGACGUUUCUUAUUCUCCUCGGCGUGCUCGUGGUUGUAGAACAAAGUGAAUUGGUACUUUGGGUGAAACAAAUGCAAAAACUUUGCGGUCAUUUGUUCUAUAAAUGGGUUAUGAUUUCUUUGGUGGCUAUGCCUUCGACGGUCGACAUCAAAAUUCUCAAUACAAGACCGUAAAUUGUUUAGGAAAAUGCUAGCAGAGAUUUUCCGAGGCCAUCAAAUGCUCCAGGCCGGUAAUGAUCUUGAUGAAUCACUAAAUUCUCAGAGGAAAAGUUUUCAAGUAUGCAGGAGAAUCGGUAAGGAGAAUCAAGCAAAUUGAUCAAUAAAAGACUAUGAAAGAACAAAAAAGUUAAUGACUACCACAAAAGCAGUCUUUGUCGUUGAAAUUUAUUGCAAGGUUUUUAUUCAGAUGACUCUUAACCAAGACAAUAUUUCAGAAUACCUCAUUUGCUUAAGAAUGGCAAGCUUUAUUUUUAAUUUGCAUCGUGUUGACUCGAGCGUAAUAAAACUCUUUUGAAAUUAUUUGACAGCUUUCUAUAAAUACAUGUAGUGCUGUUUGUUCGCCUGUCAGCAAAAUUAUAACAUCCUAAUUAACUGCGGAUCUGUAAACAAUUGCGCGUAAUGACUUCACAUGUGUACGUUACCCCGGCAGACGAAACGUUUCAAGAAUACGUUACCAUGGUAACGAGAAAUGGUAACACCGGUUACAAUCGAUGUUGACGAAAUGUCAAAUGUAUUUUUAGGUAUUGAUCAAGAAUAUGAUUCUUGGAUAAAGCACGGUUUGUUUUAAGUAGAUGGCUCAAUAAUUCUUAAAUUAGAGCACCAGCCUUCGAUAAUGAAAUUCUGUGCAUAAAUUUUGUUUGGUAAAUUAUAUAAACUCGAUGUGUCUGUAUGUUAUCUUUACCCUUUUGAAGACUUAACAAUUAUAGCAGAAUAACUUAACCGAUGUUCUAAGUUGGGAGAAUGUUACUCCAUAGCAAUGGUGUCACUGAUUGAUCCUGUGUGCUUAGAUGACAAUAUUCCGGUUUUUGAGACCAGAUCAAAUGAACACAAGAAUUGAAAGAGGGCGGUGUUCUGUAACUCUUGCAAGAUAUGCUCUCUGCACGCAGUUUUGUAGACUUAGUGUGCACCGAAACCGACUUUUGACAACUUCAAGAAAAAAUAUAUAGCAGCCCAGAUUCCAUGAGAGCGUUAUACCCCGAUGCCUUCUUAAUUCAGUGUUAAAGUUAACAACGGUGUCAAAGACUGCUCAUUGCGGCUGACUAAUAAGUUCUGGCUAAUCAGGUGAGAAAUAGGAACGAAAGACUUUAUUAGUCCUCUGAGAUCAUCUGCCAGUUUGUUUGGUUAUGUUAAUAAUGUUUGCUUCGGUUAUUACGUAAAUCCGCAUUUCCUUAAUCAUUGCUGUCGAAAUGUAAUGAAAGAAGUGACAUCUCUGCCAAGUUUAUUUGGUUUCGUGUAGAUAUCUAAGCGCCGAUAUAUCAACUUGCCAAUGUGAUCAGUGAUAAAUCACGAGUACACAGAUGAAUAACGAAGGACAUAGUUUUAAAUACAAAUAAGAUACUUUUUAGUCCUUUGGAACUAAAGAGCCGUGAUUCACCGCAUUAAAGUUGGGUUGAUCAAGCUGUACACAAGAGAGGUUUCCUGGCAAAUCAUGGCGCAGAACCGAAGAACGAUCUCUAAACUCGAGUUUAACAAACGGGUCCGUGAUCUGGUAUCGCGUGAUAGCAACAGGCUACGGCAAACUUUUCAAAAGUUUGACAAGGAGUACGCAAGCCGUAUGGCCGAGAUUCACAGCAUGCAGGAAAAGGUUCGCCAUUCCAUGAGGAAUUUGACGCAGGAAAAGAUGCAAGCGCGGCCAAGCUCGGAGCUUGUUAAUUAUCAUCGCGGCACCAGACUGGAAAGUGAAGCAGAAGGCGGAGGGAAAUCUUCCACAAACGAUCAACGAGAAGGAGGCAUAUCCAACACCAGAAUAUCAAACGCGGAUGAAAGAAUGCCGAAGCAUAAUUACAAGGCUUCACUACCGGGCAUUCAGUUUAAUCAUUCCGACCAUCUUGAAGUCCCAAAUCGUGGACAAGCUAGAAGCCGGCGACACUCUUUACCGCAUCCUCCGACAUUUUUACCGGGAAGCCCGAAGGAGAGCCGAGCACUUCCGAUCCAUGUCUCUCAUCCCAGGACAAUCGCUUCCUCUCUGCCAAAGGAAGCUUUUGCGAAACCAGGAUCACCGAAGGACAUAUCCCUGAUGUCUAACCUGUCUGGUUCUCCAAAAGAGUCUUUCCAUGGAGUUCACUUGCAAUACCCAGAGAAUGCAAGGCAUCGCAAAAGCGAUUACAGAUUGUCAGUUAGGGAGCUACCGAUUUCGUUGUCACGUUCUGAUCCCAUGUUUACCGUUAAAAACAAAUUAAGCCCACAGUUGGAUCGUAAAGGCCAUAUUGUUGCGUCAAAAGGUGAAAAUGACGGAGAUGGCCAAAACGCAAACUCUGAGCCUGUUAAAGAUGACACAUCCGAAGAUCGUGAAGAUAGCUGCGAUAAGGAUUCCCAAAGUCCAAGAGGAAGCCAUGUCACACUGCAACGCCAACCAGUAGCUAAUCAUUCAUCUGACCAUGCCGUGGAAUGCGAACAACAAAGGGGAAACGAUUCUAAUCAUGUCAAGCCCAAAACUCUUCUAAAGAGGACGAGAAGUUCUUCUGUUCCCUGUGAUCCAGAUCGUUUGAGUCUUAAAUCCAGGGACAACACCCGUACUGGCGAAUCCAGGCCUAGCCGGUUGGCUAAUCACGCCGCUGGUACCAAACGAGAUGUGUCGCCUGCAAUCCGAGUUGUUACACCGCAGGGGGGCAUGGAUACAUCUUCAAAGCGUUUUGAGGAACUCCGUAACUGCAGGUAUUUAAGAAACAGUAACAUCGAAUCCUAAUACAUUCAUCACA